AUGGCCCCGCGGCGCCGCGCUGCCCCACCCAUCCCUGCGCCCCCCGCGCCGUCGUCCGGACUGUUCGCGUCCGCGUUCAACUUCGUGUCGCGCGAGAUCAGCUCGUUCGUCACCGCCGCGACCGGAGGGGAGGUCGAGGACCACACCGCGAAGAUCACGGAGAAGAGGGAGAGGAGAGAGAAGAGGAGAGAGGGGCGGCCGGAGGCGAGCUCCAGUCGCGUCACGCUGGACGGGAGGAGGGAGCGCGAGGAGAAGAGGACGAAGCGCGCGAGGAAGCGCAGCGAGGUCGGGACGCGCGACGAUAGGGCGCGGGCGCGGAGGCGGCUGCGCGAGGAGGGGGAGGUGGAUGAGGAGCGCGGGGGUCGGGCGGGCGUGGGGAAGCGGCUGCCGGCGCCGCAGUGGGAUGAGGAGGAAGAGGAGGAGGAGGUGCGGCAGCGUGAGCGGCUGCUGGUACGCGAUGACGCUGAUGAUGAGGACGACGAGCUGUCUCCGCUGCCUGUGAGGCCGCUCCCGAGGUCGUUGAAGAAGCGACGCGCCGCGCGCGAGCAGGAGGUGGCCGCCGAGCCUGAACCUCAACCACCGCCGACGAAGUUGAGAAGCGACAGCGCAGAUGCGUCGACAUCAAUGCCUUCCCCUUCUACCCCCAUGGCUCCGCCGUCAGUCCCCUCAACCACCCAUGCGAAACCUUCAUUCGUUACGAUGCCGGGGUCGCUGUUCCCCCGAUCUACCUCCCUCAUGCCGGAGACCCCUGCCACCAUUCGCCGCGCUGUGCCUCGGGUUCGCACACCCACGCCCCCUCCUGAAGUCCACGAGCUGGAACCUAUAGUUGAAGAUGAAGAGGAUGAUGACGCACAACCUGUCCCCUCUCCCCAUCGUGGCCGAUCUCAGGCCCGCAAGCCGACGGACGAACAAGCGAACCCAAGCCCUUCACUCUCUGUCGAACAUUCACGCCACCGAGAGGCAUCCAGGAACAGCAGAAGUCGUUCGAGGCGCUCAGUUGAGGAACCGUCCGAGUCCCCGCAGCCGACUGCUCGCCUCAUGUCUGCGAAGUCUAAGGGCAAGGAAAGAGCCUGGGAUACCUCGGGCGAGAUCAGGGUGCGUGGCAAGGAGCGAGAGUUGCGGGAAGCUCAGGAGGAUCACGAACGCAAUGCGCUCGACCGGGACGAUGAAGAGCGCGAGAAGGACAAGCGGCGCAUCAGACUGCUCGAGGAAGAGGUCGCGCGGCUUCGUGCAGAGCUCGCCGUCCGGUCCAACAGCGGUAUGAUGCCGCCGCCCCCACCGCCGCCGCCUCCGCCGAUGUUCUGCAUAAAUGCCCCAGUCGCCGCCUCUCCGGCCUCUGCAGCGAGCUUCUUCGCGACUGCUCGCGCGAGCCUCAAACAAACAGCGCCCCCGGUCGAAGCACCGAUCAAUGGUCUCUCGCGGACACGCAAAGCCGGGCACCCGACGGUCAAUGUGCCGUCUGACAAGAUGGCCGCUUUCCUGCGGGAGAUGAAGACGGUCCGGCUGCGAAAAGUGGGAGACCCGGCGGGCACGAUGGGCCCUCCUGUGUUCCCCGCCUCUGCGGCGGGGGACAUCGCGGGCGAGCGACCGCGAGCUGCGGGCGUGAGCGAGGCGCGGCGGGCGGCGAUCAUGGGCGACACCUCGUUCGACACGGGCGUCGCUGCGAGGGUGUUCAUCGGGGAGAAGCGGAAGCGGGACGCGGCGGAAGAGCCUGUUGCUGGACCCUCCAAACGACGAGAAACUGCGUUCGUACUGUCGGACUUGACCGGAGGUUCGGCGUCAGCCGCUAGUUCUCAAUCGUCGUCGUCCGCCUCCGGCUCGCAGUCAUCUCAGGCGUCAACCUCCGCGUUCUCGGCGUCUCAGUCGAGUGCGCGGUCCAACGUGUUCGACAAACAGCCGUCGCGGCCGCGGAGCGCGAACAAGCUCCGGAUCUGGCGGUCAACGGAGACGGAGCUCACGACGCCGUCGCUGUGCUCGGACAACGACAACGAGCACAGCGAAGACAAGGUGCCGUCGACGCCCUCGGACAGCGGGCACGGGCUCGCUCUCGACGACGCCCCUCCCCCAACGGCCGCUUCGAAGGACAAGGGCAAGGGGAGAGCACCCGAGCCCGCGAUCAUCGACGUCGACGCUCUGGGACUGGAGACCCCAGCACGACGGGGGCGCAAGGCCGGCACGGACAAAGGCGGGGACGCGUUCGCGCGAAGGGUGCCCGAGAGCCCGCUGCCGUCCAAGUCGCCUCUGAAGCCGGCGCCACCCGCGAGGCCGAGGCCGAGGGCGGGGUCUGGCGGGGCUGCGUCUAGGCUCCCGAGGCGGGUGCCGAACCCGGCUUAUGUCCCCCCGGCCCCGGCGGAGCCCGCUCGAGAGGAGAGGGCAGGAGAGGAGGAGGAGGAGAGCGAGGAGGAGGUGCUGAUGCCUCAGGUGCGGAGAGUGCGGUCGAGCCUCGAGCUCGAGGGGCAGCACGCUCCGCGGCGGUCGCGCGACAAGAGCGCGGGCACUCCUUCGCGCAGCAGGUCGCGGUCACAGUCGCAGUCGCAGUCUCAGGCGCAGGCUCGAUUGGAAUCGCAGGCACGAGGACCCCCGGCAGACUUAUUGGAUGGGUCGCCGGCGGCGGCGUCGUGGCUGUCGAACCACGCGCGGCGUCGGCUGAGGCUGGACGAGGAGCUACGGCGGGCGGGCGACAGCCUGUGGCAGCCGUCGUCAGACGAGGAGGAGGUGGACGUGGAGAGCGGGCACGAGGACGUGGAGAGCGGGCAGCUGGUGGGGAUGGGGACCCGGAGCGGCAAGGACGGGUUCUGGGCACGAGGAGGGGGGCGGGGCCGCCGGUGUUCAUGGGCGAGGGGUACGUGCAGGGCGUGA